AUGGAGUUAAGCAUAAGAGCAACAAGGAAAGACUGGGCAGUGAAGCUGGAUGACGCUCUUUGGGCCUACCGUACCGCCUUCAAAACGCCGAUUGGUACAACUCCUUUCACUCUACUCUAUGGGAAGGACUGUCAUCUCCCAGUUGAGCUGGAACACCGUGCGUUGUGGGCUGUGAAGAGGCUGAACUUUGACCUCAAGACUGCUCAGGAGAGGCGCCUUAUUCAGCUACACGAACUGGAUGAGUUAAGACUGAACGCUUACGAGAGCUCUCGGAUAUACAAGGAGCAGACUAAGGAGACUCAUGACAAGAAGUUGGUUGCCAAGGAGCUUAAGGAAGGAGGUUUAGUGUUUCUGUACAACUCGAGGCUCAAACUCUUCCCGGGCAAGCUGAAAUCAAGGUGGAGCGGACCGUUCGUGAUUCAAGAAGUGUUGCCUUAUGGAGCUGUUACUCUGAUGGAAAAAAGUGGCAGUGCAUUCACCAUCAACGGAAACAGAGUCAAGCCUUACUUGGCAGACGGCUAUGACAAGGAGAGUACCUCGGUGCUUCUCCAAGACCCACCAUCCGCUUAA